UUCUCCCGCAGGCCUUGGGGCGGGGCCCUGGGGGGCGGGGAUGGAGCGGGGCUAAAUGCGGAGCAGAAAGUCAGCUUCUCUUUGCAGUAUUCCUUCGUGUGGCGUUUGCUGCCACCGACUGUGGUCCGUGGAAGUCAUGUUGCCCAACACCGGGAGGCUAGCAGGAUGUACAGUUUUCAUCACCGGUGCAAGCCGUGGCAUUGGCAAAGCCAUUGCUUUGAAAGCAGCAAAGGAUGGAGCAAACGUUGUCAUUGCUGCGAAGACCACCCAGACACACCCUAAACUUCAAGGCACAAUCUAUACUGCUGCUGAAGAAAUCCAGGCAGCUGGAGGAAAGGCCUUGCCGUGCGUUGUUGAUGUGAGAGAUGAACAGCAGAUCAGCGAUGCAGUGGAGAAAGCAGUCGAGAAAUUUGGAGGAAUCGAUAUUUUGGUGAAUAACGCCAGUGCUAUUAGCUUGACCAACACAUUGGAAACACCUACAAAGAGAGUGGAUUUGAUGAUGAAUGUCAACACCAGAGGCACCUAUCUUACAUCCAAAGCAUGUAUUCCUUAUUUGAAAAAGAGUCGAAUUGCCCAUAUCCUCAAUCUCAGCCCACCCCUGAACCUAAACCCACUGUGGUUCAAACAGCACUGUGCUUACACCAUUGCUAAGUAUGGUAUGUCUAUGUGUGUGCUCGGGAUGGCGGAAGAGUUUAAAGGAGAAAUUGCAGUCAAUGCAUUGUGGCCGAAAACCGCCAUACACACUGCUGCUAUGGAUAUGCUGGGAGGAUCUGGUAUUGAAAGCCAAUGUAGGAAAGUUGAUAUCAUUGCCGAUGCUGCAUAUUGCAUUUUCAAAAAGCCAAAAAGCUUUACUGGCAACUUUAUUAUUGAUGAAAAUAUUUUAAAAGAAGAAGGAAUAACAAAUUUCGAUGUCUAUGCUGUUACACCAGGCCAUCCUUUGUUACCAGAUUUCUUCUUAGAUGAACAGCCAGAGACAAUUAUCAAGAAAAUGGAGUCACAUGGUGCUGAUCCAGAAUUGAAAAAAGAGAAGUCGCCGCCACCACCAAAACCAUGUUCUGGAGCUGUGGAAGAAACAUUUAGAAUUGUUAAGGAAUCCCUCAGCGAUGACGUUGUUAAAGCCACUCAGGCAGUCUAUCAGUUCGAACUCUCAGGUGAAGAUGGUGGAACGUGGUUUCUUGAUCUUAAAAGCAAGGGAGGGAAUGUGGGAUAUGGAGAGCCCUCCGAUCGGGCAGAUGUGGUGAUGAGUAUGUCUACUGAUGAUUUUGUAAAAAUGUUUUCAGGGAAACUAAAACCGGUGGUGGCAUUCUUGUCAGGAAAAUUGAAGAUUAAAGGAAACAUGGCCUUAGCAAUCAAAUUGGAGAAGCUAAUGAAUCAGAUGAACGCCAGGCUGUGAAGAAACAGAAGAAAAUACGUUGAUCAACUAAGCUCAAAAAGUAAAAGGGCUCAACAGUUAAAACUGAAUGUUUGUUUUCUUCUUUCUUAUAUUACAAGGAAUGCUUGUUUGUUCUGGGAAAAAAAAAAACAGAAUUUCUCUAACCAUACAUUUGAAAUAUAAUUAAAACACCUAGCCAACCAAACAUAA